GUUCCUCACAAGCAAAACAUAGUGUACGUUUAACAGACUUAAGUCCAGAAAGUAAAGUAAUAGUAAUUGACUCAAAAAUUAUUUAAUGCAAUGAAAAUGCGCCGUAAUUUCUAUAACAAUGGACUUACUUGCGCCGUUGUGUGGCUGUCAUUGGCUUGUCUGCUGUUCAUCCUCUCGCUAGCAACAAUGAUCAUCGCCAAGCCGAUCAUCGAUGAGAUUGACACUAGUAUGACUAGCAAGAAUGCUACAAACGAGACGUGCCCACCUAUCAUGUGUCCCAUAAUGAUAUGCCGCUGGGGAUUCAAUCAUGAAACCGAUGAAGUCACCGGCUGUCAAACGUGCAAGUGCUGGGAUCCGUGUUCCAACGUUGAAUGUCCAAAAAACAAGAUAUGUAUGCUACAAAUGCGGGCAUGUUUUACAACACCAUGUCCUCCGUUAACUACCUGUGAGAAUAUUACACUUUCAUCAACAUUCUAAUAUGCAGGCGAAUCCUUGCAGAUCAUCGAUUCGCAACGACUAUUUACAAAAUGCCAGAAAAUGUACACUCUGCACACAUCUAGGAUCAUUUGUGACCCAGAAGUGAACUUCGAAGUUAAAGGAAUUGAGACCGACGCACAAAAUUUAUUUUUUAGAUGCCAAAUUUUUUUUAGGAAUAGAAAAAAGAAUAGAAAAAAGAAAAGAAGAACCGGUAUUUGAUCAGGUGCUCUUAAUAUUUCAAAAAACAGAAAUGGGCAGGAAUGACUCAAAGGUGUGUAUUAAGGGCUAAAAAUGAUUAAAUAAAUUGUAUAUAAUAAUUAAAAUUUGCUUUUUACUAAAUUAAUAAAUAAUCAACUUAUCAAUGUCUAUUUAAAAUCAAGCAAACUUCAUAUCAAUGUUCGAAUUUUCGACGAACCACGAAUAUCCGAAAUCACUCUUCGAAACUCACAAUGUCCGAAAAAAUGUUAACUGAUUUACGACAACUGCUUUGCGACAACCGCUCAUUAUUGAACUCGACACUCCCGACGCGUCCGAAUCCGAGAUACAUCUUUAUGAAAUUCAAAAGACGAUAAUAACUUUACGCCGAUACUCGAAGUUUCGACGCGCCAACUGCAACGUCCGACGCAAUAGGGCGGAAUUCAAAUUGCGUUUGACCAUCGCACGUACAAAUUUGUGCUAAUUUAUGCUACGACAAUUACUCACUGCCAGAUUCAACACUCCCGAUGCGCUAAAUACCUGUUCAAGACGCUCGAAAGAUCGCAGCAACUUCACUCUGAUUCUAGAAUUCGAAAAGUUUCGACGCACCAACGGCCAACAGCUCGAUCAAAGCAACGCCACAGGAUCGUGAAAUACGGAUCAUUUAGCAGUCUCACGUACUAAUUUAUGCUCCAUAAUAAUUCUUCGACACUUCUAAUAGUACACUACAGGAAGUCAGGAACCAGUAAGACCGCGGCACUUCACUCCGAUGCUUCGAGCGAGCCAACGAUUCGCGAUUAACAAGAAUAGAUUUGCACGCGAUCUCCACGACAAUCAUUUAUCGCCAGAUUUUAUGUCCUACAACAUUCAUCGAAACUCGUUCUGAACGGAAAAAAUACGCACGAAACACGGAACGACGCAAAACACGUCAAGCACGUACCAGCGCGUACCGAGUAGUGCCAGGCAGUGCCGGGUCGCUCAGCUAACUGACGAGGUGUGACGCGCAAUAGAUUCUGUGACGUCAUCACGUGCGUCGUACGAUAAUCAUGACCGUUAACAUUUUCAAAAAAACGGUCGUGUUUUCGCAUCAUUAAGUCGUCGUGUAUUAAUUAACUGUUACCAUAUUUCUAUCGUCUUAUUCUAUGGUUUAUCUUACAUAUCAGAUAAUGAAUGUGUCGAUCGUUCAUUUAUACUAUAUCAUAUAGUCACACUUCGUCAGUUAGCUGGGCGACUGCCCGGCACUGCCUGAUACUGCCUGGUACGGCCGACGCGCAAUAGACUCUGUGACGUCAUUACGUGCGUCGUACGAUAAUCAUGACCGUUAAUAUUUUCAAAAAAACGGUCGCCGUGUCUUCGCAUCGCUAAGCCGUGCUUAAUUAACUGUUACCAUAUUUCGUCUUAUUCUAUGGUUUAUCUUACAUAUCAAAUAAUGGAUGUGAACGAUGUGU